CCUCCGUACAUCACGACCUCACUUCGCAAACGAACCACCACCCAUUUCACACAAGGACUCACCAACCCAACCGCCAAAAUGGCCCCCACACCCCUAACCAAAUCUCUCCAAUUCGAAAAGAAAAACCAAUCCAUGCCACGCCUCCCAAAACACCUCAAAAUCACCAAACGCCCCAUCCCGCACCCCCCCACACCCAGUCCCUACAGCGGCUCCUCAACCCCCAAAACCAUCUACGUAUCGUCCUCAUCCCCCAUCAUGGGCGUCGUGAAGCGCGUGCAGAAGUAUCUCCGGGCGGCGGAGAAUCGAGCGAGUGCUUCUUUACUUGCUGGUAACAAGAAGGGCGGGGGUGGAGGUGGGGGAAGAAAAGAGCAGAUUGCGACGUUGGCGAAGAGUCAGGAGGCGUUGAAGAAGGAAGAGGUGUUUGUGAAGGCGACGGGGCGGGCGAUGGAGAGGGCGUUGAAGGUGGGGAAGUGGUUUGAGAGGGAUGGGAGGGAGGGGGAGUUUUUGGUGAAGGUGAAGACGGGGAGUGUGCUUGUUGUUGAUGAUGUUGUUGGUCAGGAGGAGGAGGGGGAUGGGGGGGAGGAGGGGGGGAAGAAGGAGGAGAGGGUGGAGAGGUUGAAGAGGGAGAUUGAGGAAGGGGGGUUGUCGAAGGCGGCGGUGAGGAAGAGGAAGAGGGAUGUUGCUCGUAUUGAGGGUGAGGUGCCGGAGUCGAGGACAAGGUGGGUGAAUAUGGUGGAGGUGGCGGUUUCGUUGAAGUGA